GUUCCAUCGCUAAUCUGACGCACACCACCAACUGCUGCCUCCCGCCGCAAGCCGGUGGUGCAGCGGGAGUCCCUCAUCGCGAUAAGAGGGCAGAAACAGCGAUUCCCAGGUACGAAGCACUGCACCUACAGGAACGAAGUAAUAAGUUAGUAAGGUAAGUACCUACCUAAGUACCUGUACGGCGGUUUUUCCUCCACAAGGUUAGCAGCGACUCCCGGGGUGUCAUCCAUCAGCCAGCCAACGGCAGCGCCCGAGUUACAAUAAGUCGGUACCUAGUAGACGCCACAUGUGGCGCAAAUGCUUCGCUUCGCCCCUUGGACACGCCUCAAAAUUCGCUUUACACAAGCACCUCCGUUCAAGCGGCAUACAUGACCCCAAUUCGACCUCAACGCUCGAAACUGCUUUCUUCACUCCACGCCAUUGAUUCCGGGCCCUAGGCUUCCGUUGCACUCCAUGUUUAUUACCCGCGGCGCAUAUCGCCUCGUGAAGCCGUACAUCUGUCCAAGAUGCAGCACAAAACCCCCCACAUUUGCAAGGUUGAACCUCGAGCCACCUCGGGCAGCCUAUCCAGGGCUACGAGCGCAUUCUACGGGACUCACUGGGGUAGACGGCGAGGCUAAAACCCAAGAGGGAGCGUCGGUUACAACAAACGAGUUCAGUUCCGGUCUCAAAGGCCUGAGAAACAAGAACAAGGCCUUAAAGAAGAAGAGCCGAGCGUCGUCUCACGAUUCAUCCACUCGUACCAUCCUCGGUCAGAGCUCCGAGCUCCCCAUACGCGCAAGGUUCGCGCCAUCUCCAACGGGCUAUUUGCACCUGGGUUCCUUGAGGACAGCCCUCUUCAACAAGCUUGCGUCGACCGCCUCCACGGGUGGCGCGUUCAUUCUCAGAAUCGAGGACACGGAUCAGGGCCGUCUCGUUCCGGAUGCAGAGGAACGUCUCAUUAAGGAUCUCGAGUGGGCAGGGCUCUCCUGGGACGAGGGGCCUGACCGUGGCGGGCCGUACGGUCCGUAUAGACAGUCGGAACGUUUGGAAAUUUACAAGGAUCACGUUCAGCAAUUGAUAGACCGUGGCCAUGCGUACCGCUGCUUCUGCAGCCCCGAGCAGCUCGAGGCCCAGAAACGCAAGUUACACGACCAGGGCAAGCCUACAGUCUACCCCGGCACCUGUCGCUCCGUUGACGCGUCCGAGUCCAAUCGGCGUGCCGCAGAAGGAGAGUCGCACGUGGUGCGCUUGAAGAGUGGCACUUUCGGGCGGCCCAAGUUCCGCGAUGCCAUUUACGGCUCCUUCCAGAAGAAGGACCCGGAAGAGGAUUUCAUCCUUCUCAAGACGGACGGCUUCCCUACGUACCAUUUGGCAAACGUUGUGGACGACCACCUGAUGAAGAUAACACACGUUAUCAGAGGCGAGGAGUGGCUCAUCUCGACACCGAAACAUCUGGCUCUCUAUGAGGCAUUCGGCUGGCAGCCCCCGACGUUCGCCCAUCUCGCCCUCCUCGUCAACUCGGACGGGAGCAAGCUAAGCAAGCGCAACGACAGUGUCAACAUCUCCCAGUACCAAAAUGGGGACGUGUUCCCCAUGGCCCUCCUCGCCUGGCUCGCGAACCUCGGCUCCUCGUUUAAGCCCAGCGCCAAGACGCCACGCACCGUGAACGACAUCGCCAACGCCCUGACUUUCAAAUUCACCCGCGGCGGUAUCGAGCUGAACCUCGAAAAGCUGGAGCACUUCCACAAAUGGUAUCGCGAUGCUCUCCUAGCGGACCCAAUCCCCGAGCUUUCCGACAAGGAAACCAAGCUCAUCGACCAGUACUUGGUGCAGCCUAUGCUGCGAUAUCUAGAGGCUGUCACCAACGGGGCCGACAGAAACCCCAAUGACCUCCCUCAAGACUGGGAGGUUCCCCUCCUGCUCAUACCCGCCCUAACCUCCGAUGCGCCUACCAAGGCCUCUCAUCUUCGGCUAGUCCUCGCCAGCAGGCAGGGUGGCUACCAGUCCCCCCGUACCCUCAUUCAGCAACACCCUUAUAUAUUUUGGCGCGUGCCCGUCCAGCGGUACGAGACAUCCCUGUCCGCCGCAUCGUCGCCGCCAGACCAACGCAUCUUGAACGCGCUCGACCGCGCCAUCGAAGAGGAGAGCCUCUGGCGCGGCGACGGCACCCCAGUCGUCAUGGCCAUACUCGACACGCUGCAAGGCGAGGGAAUCGACCAGGUCAUCACACACAACACUCUGAGACUCGUGGGCGCAGGCGGCCAGGAUGUGGUCUCGCAGAGCAGUGCGAGCAUGUUCAUGCUGCUGGGAAGAGAUGAGUGGCGCCAUCGCCUCGACGUCGUGCGUUCUCUCAUCACGGCUAGGCAAUAGCCAGGCGCGCUCUCUUAUCAACGCCAUAUAUCCUUAUGUACAAUAGACUCUGGCGAACAAAUGGACACCCCAUAGAUUCAUCCACUCGAAGGGCGCAGUAAUUGUCAAGUCUGGCCUUUGAUGAUACAUACAAGCCAAGAACAACAGAGAAGGGAUAAAGGGCCAUCAUCACCAAGAUUGAAUUCGGCUGACGGUGUGUCAUGAUGCUAAACCGACAUGAACGAAUCGCCCUGUCCAUAAGUGCGGGCAAACUAUGGCCAUGCUAUAAUGUUAUAUAC